AUGGAUAACCGCGGUUCUUUCUUCUUCCUCCUGCUGGUGUUCUACCUGCUCCUCAGCUCACAGUCGCGUCCUCCGCUGAUAGAUGAGGACCGGGAACGCCGGCGUGAGCUCGAUCGAGAGCGUCAUGCGAUCCGUCUGUUGAACCAGUCGAAGUAUGGGGACUUCGAUCCGCCGGCGGAUCAUUGGCUUCCCUUCGCAGGAGUUCGGCAGAAUGACAGUUAUGCAUGGGAUCUCUUGCCGAACGUUCAAAGUCGCGUGCGACACCAGUUACAGACUGUUCUCACGACUGCCGGGCUCGAGCCUCCGAUAGGUCUGGACGACUUGAACCCGUCGGCGCCGUCGAACUUGACGAAGCUGUUUCUCCCGGUGUAUCGCAACACUACAGGGAAGCUACGGGGUGACUGGGUGAGGCAAGACGAUGUACAGCGCAAAACACCUCUAAACACGUCUACUAUCGCUCACGAGCACGAGUACUUCACUCAUGAUUUUAGCUCUAAUAUUACUGGCAGCAGUGGUACUUUCUCCUUUGAUCUUGAAGAAGGAGGCGGACAGGAACUUCGGCGAGGUGAAGGUCUAGUACGAGAGAUUAGAGCGAGCUUGACGGUCGAGAGCGAGGACUUCUGGGGUAGCACCUGGUAUCUCUCGUUGCUUGGGAUGCACUUCCCAGAAACUGGGUCAAUCAUUCUCACUACCUCGAGUGAAAAGUUUGGUGGAAUAUUUGCUUUGCCUCACUUUGCGCUUUCCUCCGAUACAUAUGAGCUGUCACAUCAGCUUCUGCUCAAGUCUCUCUCAGAUAGCAUGUUGGACAGGCAGUAUCGCCCUCCAACCUUGUUCCCAUGGGCUUCUUUGGCUGGCUCGGAGCAGAUGGAAUUCCCGGCGCCCAAAUGUGAACACAUCAUCUUCCUUCAGCAGCAUCCUGUUGUCAUUGAUGGUGCUAUCACCGAUCGGUUACUGUUGGAGCGAAUGGAAAGAGAGCUUAGGUUCCCGACAGGCGCACCAAUCCCGGACUCUCCUCCCAUGGUUAUGUCUGCCGUGGUCUUCUCUCCCGACUGCGGGUACAUACUCGAAACGACAGGGGCACCGGAAUACCCUCCUUCUGAGUCUUUGUACCUGUCUGGGCCCAAGUAUGAGGAAUUUAGUAAAUAUGCUGCUCGUCUCAUAUUCGUCGUUGCCGCCGUCUUUGUCGCACAGAUCAGUCUUCUCUUGCGCCAGAUCAAAGAGGCCUCGACCCCUUCAACGCGGAGCCGCGUCAGUUUCUAUACCAUUGCAUUAAUGGCGCUGGGAGACGCUUUUGUUCUCACCUUCAUCAUUUUGGAGCUUUACGCCGCAGUCUCCUUCUUGGUCCUGGCAACCGCGUCGUUCUUGGCUUUCCUUUCCGUCAGUUACAUCGGCAUGAAAUUUAUGAUGGAGAUCUGGGCUGUUCAGGAGCCAGAACGGCGAGAUGAACGGCCAGUCAGUGCACCGGCUCCCACUACGCAGCCUGGAACUCUUCCGUUGCCUGCGACUGCGGCGGUCAGAGAUACUGGUGCCACGCCUAUUAUUUUGACACCUGAUCAAGAUCCUCCGGAAGAUGAUCUGGAUCCGACACCAACUACCAAUCGCACUACUCCUCCAACCCCGAGACAGGUACGCAGUGAUGUCGGGGCCAUGUAUGCGCGCUUUUAUCUCGCCCUUUUCGGGAUGCUCAUCUUAUCCAUUUGGGCCGUUCUUCUGCCAAGGCGCUUGGGAGGCAUCUAUGCACGCGCGUUGUCAGGAAUUUACCUCUCAUUCUGGGUACCGCAAAUUCACCGCAACGUGAUGCGGAACUGCCGUAAAGCGCUGCGUUGGGACUUCGUCAUCGGUCAAAGCGUCCUCCGGCUAUUCCCAUUCUUGUACUUCCUCACUGCUCGAGGAAAUGUGCUUUUCAUUAAACCCGACUGGACGACCGCUUUUGCGAUGGCCGGCUGGAUGUGGUUGCAGGCAUGGGUUUUAGCUAGCCAGGAUAUUCUAGGCCCGCGGUUCUUCAUCCCACGGGGUUGGGCACCUCCUGCCUACGACUACCAUCCAACUCUGCGUGACGGUCCUGGACCAAAUGACGACCUCGAGUCUGGAGGCUCUCUAUCGAUCGCCUCUCUUCGCGGCGACGAGCGGGAUAUGAUUACUGAAUCCAAGGAUGACGACAAGCAUCGUUCUCGUGACCGAAAGAAGGUCAUAUUUGACUGUGCCAUCUGCAUGCAGGAUAUCGAGGUUCCUGUUCUCCCGGCGAUUACUUCUGCGGGCGGAAGUAGCGUGACUGAUGGUGCUGCAAGCAUAUUGAGUCGACGACAGUACAUGGUGACUCCUUGCCGGCAUAUCUUCCAUACUGCCUGUCUUGAGAGUUGGAUGAGGCUUCGGCUCCAGUGUCCAAUUUGCCGCGAAUCUAUCCCUCCUGUAUAG